UUCUUUUUUCCCUUUUUUUUUUUUUUUGUUUUCUUGCCCCAGAAGGGGCAAGCGGAAAGCCAGCGCCGCCCACCCCCGGCAGCUCCCCGCGCCCCGUCCCGCAGCAUCCCCGCCGCGAUGCUGCUGCGGCUCCUGGUGCUGCUGGGCGCCUGCCCGGGGCUGUCGCGGUGCCUGGGCUCCUUCGUGCAGUGCGAGCCCUGCGAUGCCAAGGCGCUGUCGCUCUGCCCGCCGCCGCCGCUGGGCUGCGAGCUGGUGAAGGAGCCGGGCUGCGGCUGCUGCCUCACCUGCGCCCUGCCCGCCGGGCAGCCCUGCGGCGUCUACACCGAGCGCUGCGCCCGCGGGCUGCGCUGCCUCCCGCGCCAGGGCGAGGAGAAGCCGCUGCACGCCCUCCUCCACGGCACCGCCGUCUGCCUCAGCGAGAAGAGCUACCGCGAGCAAGCCAAGGCUGAACGAGAGUCCCGAGAGCAUGAGGAGCCGACCACAUCAGAGAUGACAGAGGAGACUUACCCGCCCAAGGCCUACCGGCCCAAGCACGGGCGCCUCUCUGAGCUCAAGGCUGAAGCCUUGAAGAAGGACCGCCGGAAGAAGCUGACACUGGCCAAGUUUGUGGGCAUGGCCGAGAACACGGCACACCCACGUGUCGUCAUCCCUGAGCUCCGGCAAGAGUUUGAGCUGGGCCCCUGCCGCAGGCACAUGGAGGCAUCUCUGCAGGAGCUAAAGAGCAGCCAGCGGAUGGUCCCCCGCGCUGUCCACCUCCCCAACUGCGACCGCAAGGGCUUCUACAAGAGGAAGCAGUGCAAGCCCUCCCGAGGCCGGAAGCGUGGGUUGUGUUGGUGUGUGGACAAAUACGGCAUGAAGCUGCCGGGGACUGACUACCUGAGCGGAGACCUUCAGUGCCACGCCUUCGACAGCAGCAAUGUGGAGUGAAGUCGCAUCCCCUCCCUCCACCCCGUCACUACCUACCCAGGCUCCCUUCCAUCCUCCCCUCCGCACCUCCCCACUCCCCAGGACUCCGAUUCCUUUCAUCUCAUGUAAGAAGAAAAAAGAAAGGAAACGAAAAAAGAGAAAGAAAGGAAAAUGAAAAAAAGAGAAAGGGACAGAAAGAAAGAAGAGAAGAAAGGAAAAACAAAAAGAGAGACAAGAAAGUGAAAAGAAAACAGAAAACGAAAAACGAAAAACGAAAAGAAAAGAGAAAAGAAAAGAAAAGAAAAGAAAAGAAAAGAAAAGAAAAGAAAAGAAAAGAAAAGAAAAGAAAAGAAAAGAAAAGAAAAGAAAAGAAAAGAAAAGAAAAGAAAAGAAAAGAAAAGAAAAGAAAAGAAAAGAAAAGAAAAGAAAAGAAAAGAAAAAAGAGAAAACCCUGAAGAAACUGAGGACUCGGAAUCUAUUGCAGCCUCUUGACAAGGACUCAAUAAGGAAAGGAUAGAGCCAGAGACAAACCAGCCGCAGCCUCUCUGCCGUUCCUCACCUCUCCCUAAUGCCGCCUGUGCCCCUCUGCCACAAGCAGAGGUCACCCUGAUGUAGGAAGCUCUCCGAGUUGGUGAAUUUCCAGUAUGGGUUUUGGGCAGGUUCAUUUUUAAUUUUUAUUUUUUUUCAUCUUAGCUAGUUGAUUUCUAAAGGGUCUUGAGAGAAAACCUUGUGGCCACCAGCACUCCUCUUGCAGUCCUCCGGAGUGUCCUCCCCACACUGUUGGGCUUCACUCAAGUCGAUUUGAUUUCCAUCUCAAAUGACUGCCCCCCAAUCCAGGCAGAUUUCAACACAUCAGGAGGAGGCAUGAGAUUGCUGGCUUCGUGUCUGGAGAUGAGCUGGGGAGGGAAACACAGGUCCUGCAACGGCACAAAUACCCCCAAAAAGUAUUUGUGGACUUCAAAAAAAAUCAUCCAAAAAGGAAAUAUAUUCUGUUCUUCUCGAAUGGAAGGUCAGAAAUCAUUUUGGACAAGCAGGACUCUGACCGUUGUCCAUCUAGGUGUGGAAGCGUUUGUCACCUGCGUGCAUGUGUAUGAGUGUGUGUGUGCAUUGACAUGGCUUUUCCUCCUUGCAAAACUUCACCUUGAAACCUGCAAUCUGGAGGUUUCAAUGUAAUAUGUAAUCAGGGGGAGAAAUGCUGCCCCUCCCAAAAACUAAUAAUAACCUGCUGGACUAAGCACAGGAGCAGAGUUACGGAGGACUAUCAGUGCCUGUGGGAUCAGGGCCCCAUCAACAUUGAGGGCUGCAUCCCAGCCGACCCUGCUGUUACUCUGUCGCUGUCCAGACUGAAGUAUCCCUACAUGGGGACAGGGAGAUCUGGGCUAAAACUCUUCACCACGCUUUGCCACCACAAAGAUGACUAUGGAGACUUUUUUUUUUUCCCACAGCCAAAAAUGUGGUUUGCUCCAGGGGAAAAAAACAACCAAACCUCCAUUUUAUUUGAUCAUGGUAUUUUGUUAAGGCUGGUUUAUACCUUUCCCUAUGGGUAGGAAAAUGCCAGUCUACAUCCUUUCACUUUGAGGAUACUGCUCAUGUUGCCAUGGUUGAUUCCCACCACCCUGCAGUAAGAUCCUAUGAUGGGCCCUUGUCUUUAAUCUGGGACCCAGCUCCUUGUUGAGUGACAGCAGCCACCACACCACGGAGACCCACUGCCUCAGGCAUGGUGGGACAGCCCUCAUCUGCCUUCCCGACUUAUUUGGUGUUUUUAACUUUUACGUUCAGUUUUGGAACUGUUGCCUCUUGCUUCUCCAUGACAAGGGUCUCCACGAUGCUGGUGCUGGGAGGAGAUUCUGCAGCGAAGGGAAGGAAGGAAGGAAAGGUGGGGUCUGGGUGCUGUGGUCCCAGUGGGCAAACACACACCCACCAGGAACCACAUCCCACUGCCACAGCUGGAGCUGGCCAAAGGACACAACUGAUCUCAGGGGGAAGGUUCCUGCACCCCCAAAGCCCCUUUGAGGUUCCUGAACCUGGGCAGAGAAAAAAGGAGGUCCACAGCACCACCGGGUUCCCACCAGUGGGGAUGGACAAGGGGGAUUCAGUGCCAAGGGGUUCUGGUGAAGGCUUCUUACCACCACAGGUUGGGAGCCCUCAUAGCCUCCCAUGACAUGUCAUCAUUCCCCUAAGCAGCCCCGGAGCCCCCCACCAGGACACUUGCCCCAAUCAAGGGCAGAACUGGACACCUGUGGUUAUUUCCCUCAAAGUUACAAUGGGGGAGAAUUUUGCCGAUGGACUUCCACAGAGACCCAACGGAGCAUGUUUGGACCUGGGGACAAAGGUCUUUCCCUUGCUUAAAAGAACAAAGUGUGUCACCAAAUGCAGAUCUGCCCCCCAGAAAAGCCUGCUGGAGCGGGGUAACCGCCGUGUUGCUGGAGGGGAGAAUGGCGAGUGUUGUGGCCGAGGCAGGGAGGGACCUCUCUGGGCUCUGCAGGGCUGAUGGAGUAAGGUUGAUUUAACGAGGAUGGUGGGUUAAUGGUGGGGUGAAAGUGGGGUGAAGACAGGAGGAGGAGGAGGAGGAGGAGCUUGUGCCAACCACAAGGGCCCCUGUUUGCUUGCUGAUCCCCGCGCAAAACUUCCUGACUGUUACAGGCCAGUACCACCUUCGCAGGACCCUUCUUUUCUUCUCUCUUCCUCUUUCUUGCUUUUUUGUUUGUUUUGUUGUUUAAUUUCCCAAAACUUGAAAGCCUUUGGCUGCAGAGAAAGGAGAUGUGCCACCAGGGUGGGAUGGGAACAGGCAGAGGGAUGCCGUUUCCCAUGGACCUUGUCUUUUGGGGAAGAUGCUUUUGCAGGGCAAGGGUCAGCUCACAGGGCCUCAUGGUGGUGUCAUGAGAAGGCCACUACAAUGACACUGGGAGGGGGACACAGGAUGAUUCCCCGACCUCUCCCUACAAAGCAAGUCUACAUGGCCCCAGGAGCCCACAGCACCAAAAUCUAUCCCACGCAGCCUCCCUCACCCCUGUGCAUCCCAUGCUGGGACAGCACUGCCUGUCCUGUCCACACCAACCUGGAGGGAGGAGGAUGGAAGUCUGGGCUGCACCACUCCUGCCUCCCCAAAUCACCUUGGCUCCUGGGAUGGGGCACCAAGCGACUCCCCUGGCUGCCCGCUCCCUCAAGGAUCCCCAGCAGGACGAGGCUGUUUGUAGGCUGCACUAAUAUUUAGGACUGGGGUUGGAGUCUGGGUCAGGCUGGGGAUACAAGUGACUUCAGAAGGGGUUGGUCACCCCCUGGGUUGGCAGUGACGAGGUGCUCCCAUUCUCAGCACCCAGCAGCACCCUUUGGCAUUGAGGGUGAGAAAACCAAAAGGGGUAGAUUUGGGGGCUGGGGAGUGUGGGGAGUUGAGGCACAUGGGGAGAUGUUGGCAAUUCGUGCAUCAGGGGGAGGUGUGAGGCUCAGGGGUCUCCAGCUACAGUAUCUGAGCCAAGCCCACGCCAGUAUCUAGGAUGCAAGCUGAGAAGGAGAGGACAAGGAUGGCACAGGGGUCAGGACAGCCCUUCCACCACGUCUGCCCAUGAAGCGGCGCUCAGCAGCUGGGCUACCCCUUGUCUGUACUGCAGUGGACUUCGAAAACCACUAGUACAAGAGCAUUUUGCACUAUUUCUCCGCUCUCUCCCCCCUUCCCUUUUUCUCCGACUUCCCCAUGAAAACUUUUUUGCUGUUGGUUUGGGUUUUUUGUUGUUGUUGAUCCCCCCCCCCCCCCCCCCCAAUGGAGCAUUGUAUAUUUAACGACCAACAGUUCACCUCGCUUCCAGACCCCUGUCCUGGCCCUGGCUAGGAGCCCUGCCUACUGUGCCCCCCUCCCCAGCCCCACCAGCCCCCUGCCACUGCCACCGGGACAGACGUCACCGCUCACGUUACCCACCGUUGUAACACACUUGUUAAAAACACACCAGAUUCCGAGUUUCCUGCCUGGUUUUUAUCUUUAAGCAAUACUCACUACACAUUUUACGGUAGCUUUUUAUAGCUUUACAUACAUACGGUAGCUCUGUUGUUUCGUUUUUGUUUUGUUUUUGUUGUUUUGGUUUUUUUUCCAGUAAACAAGAAAUACUCAUAAUCUUACUGGUGGGAAAAAAAAAAGCAGUUUGUGAAAAACUGACAAUGGAAGAAGAGCUUAAUGCUCUGUUUAGCAUUUUGUACUUAAAAAAAAAAUCUCACAUUUUAUUAAAAAGUGAAGAUUGCUGUAUACUAUUUAUUCAACUUAUAAUUUAUGUUACUCUUUGAUCUUUGUCUUUUCUCAUGACAAAGCAUUUAUUUAAUAAAGUUAUGCAUUCAGUUA